AUGACAGCCAUCCGCAAAGUCCUCAUCCCCACCUUCGGCGACGUCUCCGUCCUCCGCGUCGUCGACGACGUCUGCCCUCCUCCUCCAAAGGGGCACCUCCAGAUAACCACUCUCUACUCCGGCUUCAGCGGCGCCGACAUCAGCAUGCGCAAGGGCACCUACCCCUUCCAGCGCAAAGCGCCCCUGACGCCCGGCUACUGCCUGACGGGGACCGUCCGCGCCGUCGGCGAGGGGUGCGCGCAGGGCUUCCAAGCGGGCGACACCGUCGCCGUGAUGACGAAGUACGACAGCGAAGCGACCGUCGUCAACCAGCCGGAGAAGUACUGCGUCAAGGUUCCCGCCGGCGUCGACGUCGCGCAGGCGACGGCGCUGAUCCUGGACUGGAACACCGCGUACGGGAUGGUGAAGGACACGGCGCAGGUCAGCAAGGGGCAGAAGGUGUUCGUGCACGGGAUGAGCGGCGGCGUGGGCGCCGGGCUCGUGGCGCUCAGCCUGCUGCGGGGCGCGGCCGUCUACGGGACCGCGAGCCCGCGCAACCACGCCGCGGUGCGGGAGCGCGGCGGCACCCCGUUCGCGUACAGCGACAAGGCGUGGCAGUCCGAGAUGCGGGCCCUGGGCGGCGCGGACGUCGUCUUCGACCCGCUCGGGUACGAGAGCUUCGACGAGAGCUUCGCCAUCCUGUCCCCCAGAGGGUUCCUGGUCGGGUACGGCAACAACAAGGGCAGCCUGGCGGCGAGCGGGGCCGGGGGCGGCGAGGCCGAGCGCAGGCCCGCGCCCGCGAUGGCCAAGCUGCUGGCGCACAACCUCAACGUGUUCUGCGCGAAGCGCACCACGUUCUACGGCAUCACGCGCGACUCGGGAAGUUACCUGCCGAACGCGCGGGAGCUGCUGGAUUUGCUGCGGAGCGGCACGAUCAGGGUGCCGAUUAAGAAGGUCUGGGACAUGGAGGAGGUUCAGGAGGCGCAUCGCGGCUGGGCGACGGGGAAUGGGAUUGGGUCGGUGUUGUUGAAGGUCGCUAGGGACUAA